UAUGUACAUAUUUUUGUGUGAUUUGAAAGGACUUAAAUUCGCUAUUUGAUUAUUGCAAACAGAUUUGCGGUUACGCAAUUAAUCGCAUUCGAAAAAAUUCAGCACUAUUUGCGAUCGUCGUCGCCGUCGUCGUCUCACAGAUCAGGAGCAAAUGCAGCAGCUGUGCCUCCCGUGGCCCCAUUCCCAGUUGCCCAGCUUCAAAUUCAUCUAAAUGCGGAAUCAUUUUGUAAAAAGCAAAGCUGACAAUUCAUAUAAAAACAGAUGCAUCAUCUGUACCCAUCGCUGAAAGGCGAUCAGCUCUGCCCACUUGGCUUUCAUCCCCAGACACGUUAUCCCACAAGAUGUAAGCGAUGUUUUCGUGAUUACAAAGAACAUGGAGCCCGACGAGGGGGUGACGAUGUGGCCGCAUCCUCUCCAAAUCUCUCAGAUGCUCAAAGCUCUCGACCCUCAUCGCGUACUUGGACAUCAACGCAGAACUUAACCAGCGCCAAUGCUAACAAUAGUAAUGAUAUAGAGCUAAAGAAACGUCCGCAGUCCUGGGCCUCCACGCCGGACAUCGAUGAGGCUGCGGAGGCAGCGACGGCGGCGGCGGCGUCAAAACGUUCAUCAGCUGCGUCAACAUUGACGGUGUCACGACCCGUCGACGAUCACAAUGUGGCUGUCACCUUGAAGCUUCCGGUUCCUCCGCGACGUCACACAACCGCCUUAGACAUCAAUGAGGUGGAACAAACGCUAACGCAAGGCCGUGUCACUUCCUCCCCAAGUAAAACUUCAAGUAUUCCAGAUGAGCUAGUCAUCCUAUCGACAGACAGUCUUGCCGAGCGUGUGCGCAAAAUGAAUCUGCUUAAGAAACAGCGAAGCCUGAACUCGAGAGAAAACAGUCGGGAACGCUCCGUGCCACGACGUGAAGAGGAUAGCGAGACUACAUUGCCACCGCCGGAUCGACCGGAGCGCAGUAAAUCCGGCACAACUCUCAACCAGCAGACGGAACUCAAACGUGCCUCUUUGCCACCAAAAAAGGUUGCAGCUGUGGCAACUGUGACUAGUAACAGCACUACCACCACAUCCUCAGCAGCAAUAACCCCAUCAAAGUCCUCCUCCAUAUCAACAUCAUCAAGUGCCAUGGAAACCAAAGCCUCAGUUUCCAGUUCCAGUUCCAGCUCGAGUAGCACACGUCGCAAGGAAACGGAAACCAACAAUAGUCUUAGCUCCAUUAAUAGCAAGGAUAUCAAAAGACAAUCCCUACCGGCAACAACGGCGGGAAUCGGAGCAACUACAGCGGCAACCCUAAAGGAUCAGAUGGCCACCCUGCGCACCGAAUUGGAGGCUAUGAAAACCCGAGCUGAGCGUGCAGAGCGUGAGAAGAGCGAUAUAUUGCUUAGAAGAUUGGCCUCCAUGGACACAGCCUCCAAUCGUACCGCCGCCUCGGAGGCCCUUAUCCUUCAGCAAAAGCUGAACGAAAUGAAGGAGCAGUUGGAUCGCGUGACGGAGGAUAAACGCAAGUUAAAUCAACGCAUGAAGGAGCUGGAGCACAAGGACAGUCAGUCCGAGCUGAAACGGAAGCUGCAGGCAGCCGAGCAAAUCUGCGAGGAGCUCAUGGAGGAGAAUCAAUCGGCCAAAAAGGAGAUUAUCAAUUUACAGGCAGAAAUGGAUGAGGUGCAGGAUACGUUCCGUGAUGAUGAGGUCAAGGCUAAAACCAAUUUGCAAAAGGAUCUCGAAAAGGCCACCAAAAACUGUCGCAUUCUCAGUUUCAAGCUAAAGAAAAGCGAACGCAAGAUCGAAACACUCGAGCAGGAGAGACAAAGCUCAUACAAUGCCGAGCUGUCCGCCAAGGUCAAGAAACUGGAGGAGGAGCUGCGUUUCUCCAGCGAAUUAACCCGCAAACUACAGACCGAGGCGGAAGAACUGCGCAAUCCCGGAAAAAAGAAGGCGCCCAUGUUGGGUGCAUUAGGUAAAUCCACGUCAGCGGAUGGCAAAAUCACGCGGGAGUCUUUGACACGUGGUGGAUCACAGGAAGAUCCACAGCAUUUGCAGCGGGAACUACAGGACUCUAUUGAGCGCGAGACUGACUUGAAGGAUCAACUAAAAUUUGCCGAGGAAGAGGCUGAACAUUUGAGGAAAAAGGUGACUCGUUUCGAGGAUGAAAAUGAGUCUUUGAUGAUGCAGUUGAAAAAAAUGGCAACGCGCUCAAGAACUCGCAGAUUAAGUCCUGCACCCCAUCCACAUCGAUUGGCGCCUGAGGUUCACGCCGAUCGGGAUGAAGGCAUCUCUGAUGAGGAUGAUCCUGCCGAACUGCGUAUACUCCUGGAGUUGAACGAGCAGGAGGCUUCAAUACUGCGUCUCAAGGUCGAGGAUCUGGAGAAGGAGAAUGCCGAGUCCAAGAAAUAUGUUCGGGAAUUGCAGGCAAAGUUGCGACAGGAUAUGAGCAAUGGUAGCAAAGGAUCUCUUUUAAGUUUCGGCAGCUCCUCGAGUGCGGCAGAGAAGAAGCUCAAGGUACUGAACGAAGAGCUUACCUUGCUAAAGAAGAACCUACAGGAGAAGGAGCAAAGUGCGGAGACUAUGAGGACACAGCUCAGCAAGUUGACAAUUCUGGAGACCGAGAACGAUAAACUCGCUAAGGAGAACAAACGUCUUCAGCUGCAGACAUUGAGAAAGUCGGGAUCCGUGGAGAAGAAUGGCGAAGCUGAGCUUCCAAAGCUAAAGGAUGCACUGGCUCUAGCCCAAAAGGAAAGGGAUGAACUGACCGCCAGGGUAAAGCGCAUGCAACUGGAGGCGGAUGGAAAGUUACCCUCCAGGACUCCCAAAAGAGUCAACGAUCUGACGCCAAAGAGUCACCUAAGGAAAUGGGUCGAGGAGCUGGAGGACGAGAUCAGUGAGAUGCGUGUGAUUGUGGGAAGCUGCUCUGCCAAUCAACUGAAGACGCUGCAAACGAGCAAGGAAUCCUUGGAGCAGGAUCUGCAGAAAUGCAAGCAAAAAUUGGCUCUGGCGGAGGGAGAUGUCCAACGCUUGAAGCUGCUCAACGGCAACAGCAGCAAGGCCAAGGAGCUGGAACAGAAGCUCAAAGCAAGCGACGAGGAGGCCAAGAAGCUCAAUACAAAGCUCAAAGAACUCGAGGACAAGUUGAAGAAACAAGAAAGUCAGUUGAAGCAAUCGGAAGCCAGCAAAUCUUCAAUGGAGACACAAAAUAAGCGAGAGAAGGAUAAGUUGUCCAGUCUGGAAAAAGACUUUGAGAAGCAAACUAAGGAACGGGAAAAACUAGAAUCAAAGAUCACGCAACUAGAUGCUGAACUUCUCAGUACCAAAAAGGCGGCAGAGAAAACGAAGGCAUCUCUUGAGAAGGACAUCAAGGAUCUAAAAGCAAAAUCCAGCAAAUCGGAGAGUAAACAAGUGCAGGAGCUAAAGAAGCAACUGGAGGAGACACAAACCACGCUAAAUGGAGAACAAAAGCGAUAUGAAGAUCUAAACAAUCACUGGGAGAAACUCUCGGAAGAAACGAUCCUGAUGCGUGCCCAGCUGACAACAGAGAAGCAAAGUCUUCAAACCGAACUGACUGCCGCCAUGUAUAAACUGGCAGAUAUGGACACCAUACGCAUUGAACGCACCGACAUGGCUAAAAAGUUUAACGAGGCCCAGAAGAAGAUCGUCGACUUGGAGGCCAAGACAUUGAAGACUGGCAACAGCGGAGAACACGAGCGUUCCAUGCUGAAGAACAAGCUGGCCGAGAAGGAGCAUGAAUAUGAACGAUUGCGUCGCGAGAAUGAGAUGAACAUCGAUCUGGUCUUCCAACUGAGAAAGGAUAACGACGAUCUGAACAGCAAAUUGAGUGAUUUCAAUCGCAUUGAACAGGCGCAAUCUUCACUCAACGGUCACGGUGCCCGGCGCGAGGCUGAGAUCAAGGAACUGAAGUCACAAUUACAAGCCUCUGAGCUUCAGCUAAAGUCCGAGGUUGCCUGUACGCGCUUGCGUUAUGAGCAGCAGGUGAAGAAUCUUAGCGGAGAACUCACAUCCAUGCAGCGCCAAUGUGAACGCUUUAAGAAGGACAGAGAUGCGUUCAAGCAGAUGUUGGAAGUGGCGCAAAAGAAGAUCGGUGAUCUCAAAGCCAACAAUACUGGACGCCAGAGUCGCAGCUCCAUGCACAGCAGCGAUGAUGAUGAUAAGAGCAAGAUAGCCUAUCUUGAGCAACAGAUUGGUCACCUGGAGGAUCAGCUGGUGGAAUCCCGUUUAGAGUCUAGUAAAGUUAAGACGGAGCUCGUCUCCGAGCGUAGUGCUAGUGAAAUCAAAAUUUCCGAGAUGCAAUCCAAGCUCAACGAGUUUGAGGAGGAACGUGUCAUUGGGUCGGGUAGCACAAAAUUGCCCGGUAUGAAGACCAAGCUGGAGCUCUCCUGGCAAAAGGAGCGCGAGGAUCAGCAGCGUCUUCUACAGGAAACAUCAACUUUAGCUCGCGAUCUACGACAAACUCUGUUCGAGGUAGAAAGAGAACGCGACAAGGAGCGUCUGGAGUCCAAGCGGAAGCUGGAUCAAACGAAGCGUGCGACGGAGGAAGAAAUGGAGGAGGGACGCAAAAAAAUUGCCGAGCUGCAAUGCGAUCUGCUUGAGCUGAGGGAUGUUCAUGCCAAGCUUAGAACGUCCAACGAGAAGUUAAGACGAGAGCGUGAACGCUAUGAGAAGGAGCUCAUCAAGCGGCGCUUAGAGCAAGAUGGUGGGGAACGUAAAGUGGGUGCACUGCUUCAAACCGUUGAUGAGCUGGUGAAAAUUGCGCCAGACCUCAAAAUCGUUGGCGGAGCAUCCGCUCGAGUUUCUUCUUCAACCUACGGGGAGCAUACACUGCGACCCGAACAGGCGAAUGUCCGUCGCAGUCGCAGUCCCUCGCCGACGCUGAGCAGCGCACAGAUCACCAGUGUCCUAGCUCGUUUAGCCGAGGCAUCCGAGGAACUCCGCAAAUUCCAACGCGUCAAUGAGGAUGAACAAGAACGCAGUCGAAUGCGUCGUGGCAAUCUGCGACGCGCUGCAUCGCAGGAGAAUGAUCAUCAUGGCAGCACCAGCUCCGUGGCCAGUGCGGCAGGAUCUCAACGCGGUGGCGGCCGCAUCUCCCGUAAUUCAGCAAACAAUGGCAGCCUGAUACGCAAAAGUUUGUCCUUGGAUCACUCCAUACAAAGGGAUCAGAAUAUUUGGCGUCAGGACGAUGGCAGCGUAUCCUCCAUGCAGUCCAUUGACUCGGAACUGGGCGGAUUGGUGCGUGACUCCAGCCUAGACUCACGUCUCGACUCCCGUCUGUCCGGCGGCUCUACACAAAGUGACAUACCACGUGGGCCUCGCAAAAGAAAGGGUCUCAUGGGCAAGCUACGCAGUCUGACCAAAAGCAGUCGCAAUUCCGAGAGUGAAAUAUCGAUUCAAGGAUCUGACUCGGACAUAAGCGUAGCGAGCGACAUGAGAUCAAGCAAAAAGGAUCUACGUGGUCGUCUGUCCGGCAUGUUCAAGCGUUCCGGCUCCAACUCGCGUAGUGAAAGUACGGAGCGUGCCAGCUCAGAGCAAAGACCCGUUGCAGUAACCGUGGUGGGUCAUCCGGAUGGACCACAACCACGCGAACCACCGCCAGCAAAUUCACUCACACCGAAGCCCAUACGUUCGAUACCAAAACCGCCAACUGGCACACCCACCACACCAACCACAAGACGGCGCCUAGCCAAGUAGUCAUCAUGUUAUAAGGCUCACCAUAGUUAGUUAGUAACUCUCAUAGUAUCCAAGUCCAGCUGCAUUAUGACUUGAGCUGAAAAUCAUAUCAUACAUUAAUUUAACUUUCAAAAUGUUUCUUUUUUACUUAUGAUUUGCAAAUAAAUAUGUACAUCUUUUUGAAAUA